AUGGCGACCAACGCGCAGAAGCGCGUCAACCUCGCCGUCUCCAGGGUCAUCCCGCCCGUCUUGCUCGGCGUCGUCUUCUACGCAUCUUAUGCGGUUACAAAACCAAUAUGCAUUGACUAUCUCAUUCACCCGCUCCCUUCCUACCAACGGAGCCCGCGAGUCGGCGCUGGCGCCGCAAUUCUCACCAUCUAUUACCUUCUCCUAAUUCCAUUAUUUGUGACUUAUGCUCGACUUCUCUAUAAUGUUCUAUGGAACCCUGGAUAUCUCCCUCUCGGUGCCCAACGUGCCCAGGCCGAUGCCGCUUCGCAGGACCCCGAGCACAAGCAUGGAAAACGCCGUCGCCGGAUGAGCCGCACAAAAAAGGAGGCAGAAAAGGCCGGUCAGUUGGAAGCUGACCUUGAAAUGGGGGUGGAUAGCCGUGCGGGAGGAGGAGCCUUUCAGCUAGACUCAGCAGGGCUGGAAAGCUUCUAUACCAAGGAUGUUUUUGUGUGCCAGGAAGAUGGCCGUCCAGCAUAUUGCUCUACCUGUUGUCAAUUUAAGACUGAUCGCGCGCACCACUGCCGUGAGGUUGAUCGCUGUGUGCGCAAGAUGGACCAUUUUUGUCCUUGGGUUGGAGGUGUGGUGUCAGAGACCUCAUUCAAAUUCUUCAUACAGUUUGUCACCUAUACAAUGAUUUUCUGUACAUACAGCUUGAUCGUUGCGGCAUAUGUCACGGCCGAGGCAAAUCGCCAUAAUGGCAAAAUCAGUCCCCACUGGUGUGUUUGCAUUGGGCUGAGCGCCUUGUUUGGAUUUUUCUCUUCUGGCAUGACUCUAAGUUCCAUUCAAUUGGCUAUACUUAAUCUCACCACCAUUGAAAAUCUUAACCGCCGAUCCGUCGUCUGGACGCUCGCCAUCCGAGUCCCCGAGCAUAUGUUGGACCGACUCUGGGCAACAGAUUCCCCCUGGGCUCCUACUUUUCGCAUGGUGUCCUUCCCACCACAGCCACCCGCGCCUGCUGAUCAACCCCAAACCACCGACCCGUCCACGGAGGAGCGUCACGUCUUCGCCAUCCUCCAUACUCUUCCCGGCGAGAACCCCUUCAGCCUCGGUAGCGGCCUCAAAAACCUCCAGCAGGUCAUGGGCUACACUGUUGGCGAGUGGCUCCUCCCAUUCAAGCAAAGCCCGUGUGCCGAUCACAGAAGCGCAGAAAGCGCUUUCUCCCUGGGUCCUGUAGUGACCCGGUUGAAGCAGGAGGCCGGCUUGGCACCGACCCCCGAGCCACAAAAUGGAUCGGCGUCCCGGCCCCAGUCUGCACGGCAUAGCCGCGGCGGGAACCAUGGAAGAUAA